CAUUUCAUUUAUUUGGGUUUUUAUUCACGGCAGAUACGCACGCUUUUUGUGAAAUUACUUUUGCAAUCAAUUUCUUUUUUAGUAAAAUAAAUUAAUAAAAAUGAUUAUUCCUAUACGUUGUUUUACCUGUGGCAAAGUUAUUGGCAACAAAUGGGAAUCUUACUUGGGUUUACUGCAAGCCGAAUACACUGAAGGUGAUGCCUUGGAUGCUUUGGGUUUGAAACGCUAUUGUUGCCGUCGUAUGUUAUUGGGUCAUGUGGAUUUGAUUGAAAAAUUGUUGAAUUAUGCACCUUUGGAGAAAUAAUGUAGCGUGGAAACAAAUAUUAGAUUAAGUUAGGAUUCUAUAAAUUACAAAUAAAAAAUAAUAAUAAAAAAUACACAUAUUUUCAUAAAAAUAAAAAAAUAAUGUA